AUGGAUCCAGAAGUCACUUUCAACAGGACUAGCAUUGUGACUGCCAUACAUCCCUGCUAUGAAAUAGAUAACUUUAAUUUCAUACGGACAAAGACCCCUUCCAUUAUAUGUGUAUUAUUAUAUUUUUUCCUAAUGUUAUUGUCUGUUAUCACAAUAUGUGGAAACCUUCUUGUUAUAAUCUCCGUAUUGUAUUUCCAACAGCUCCACACUCCUACUAACUACCUUAUUCUCUCUCUGGCUGUGGCUGACCUGCUUGUUGGGAUAAUAGUCUUUCCUUUCAGCAUGGCAUUCUCACUAAGCUCAUGUCUGUAUCAUGAGGGUUUAUUUUGCAAAGUACGAGGCAGUUUUGAUAUAACACUGAGCACAACUUCUAUUCUGCACCUAAGUUGUAUUGCUAUUGACAGAUAUUAUGCAGUGUGUCAGCCUCUGACCUAUAGAACUAAAAUAAACCAUUGUGUUGUUGUGAACAUGAUUGUGGUUUGCUGGGGGAGUUCCGCUCUAAUUGCAAUAAGCAUCACAAUUGCUGGAUUAAACAAUGAUAAAUGUGGGGAAAGGUGUUUGAUUGAUGUUCUCAUAGCAAACAAUAUUGGAUUUAUUUUCUCAUUUUACCUCCCAGUGAUCAUAAUGCUCUGUAUCUACCUAAAGAUUUUCCUUGCUGCACAGAAACAGGCACGCAGCAUCCAGAACACAACCUGUCAGAGCAAAAAGUCUGGAGCAACUGUCAGUAAGAAUGAGAGAAAGGCUACCAAAACUCUGGCUAUCGUUUUAGGAGUCUUUCUUUUAUGUUGGACUCCUUUAUUUCUUUGUAUCACUGUUUUGCCUUUCAGUAAUGACUCAGUGCCAGUUCCUGUGAUUGAAACACUUAACUGGUUUGCACUGUCAAACUCCAUGCUCAAUCCCUUUAUUUAUGCUUUCUUUUACAGCUGGUUCAGAUCAGCUUUUAGAAUGAUCAUUUCUGGGAAAAUAUUUAAUGGUGAUUAUACUAAUUCUAAACUUUCUUAACUUGAAUAAAUGACUGAACUAGCC